GUCAAACAUGGCGUCAGCAAUUUCUAUCAUCAUAGAUCAGCUAAAGGCAUCAUCGAGUCUACACGACUCAUCUUUCGUGUAAUGGCAGCAUUACAGAGUAACUAAGAGUUACUGAGAUGGAGAAAGACCCCUGAAAGCAAUAUUUUGGUUGGAGCGUAUUCGGUGUUUACGGAGAAGGGUACGAAGACACCGGGAGGGUCGUCGGGGGCGGCGGGACAAACGUGUGCUAGAGUCGGCACGACGCCGGCCGGAGUGUAGCGCGUGUGCCUGGUGAGCGACGGUGGCUGGAAAUGCGCCAACCUGCAGCGGAGUCUGUGCUUUUUCUCUUCGAUGUCUGUUUUGAACUUUCCUCUUCCACUGUCCUACUUCUCAGUCGGAUAGGUCACUGCUCAUUCCCCAUAUAACUGGGUUUUUACUGACUCUUGGUAAAUAGGAUAAAGGGGCCAGUGGCAGUACUUUACAGGCCCACCCUCGAACCGGUUAACUGACUGUGACCAGUUGCGAUCGACAUUUGCGGCCGACACGCGCAUUUUAUACCCAUUUUUGUCGCAAUUCCCUGGGCCUUUACACCACAAUUGACCCCUGCUCAUUUCAAGGCCUUGUGUGUAUACCUCCACCAAGAGAUACCCCUGCUAAGACCCUAUAUAUCCCGAAAAUCAGGAGCUGGAGGAGAGAGGAGUAUAUUCCUCCGUCCGGCACCCCUCGCACUACACAUCCAACACACCGAGGCCACGCAGAGUCUCGCACACGGCGCACUUUUGCCUUUCGUUCCCGUCAUUGGCGUGCUAGAAUAUUUAUCUCGCCGGCAUUCCUGGCUUAUCAUUCGAGUGUCCAACUGUUCCUACCUGCACCAUUCCACCUGGUUGAAGACGCGUGGGGUGUGUUGCACAAGUGACGGCGGCCCUUCUCUGCUAGAGCAUCUUGAGCACUCUGUGCCCCUUUGCUCGAAGCCUCUUCUGCCCGCUCAACACUCGUCGCAUCGCACCCGGAGAACAACGAAGCUCAGCUGACGCGUGUUGUCGCGCCUGCUGUUUGAGUUUGCUUUAAAGCACUCAAUUUCGGAGUCUUCCUGAUCGCGGUUACACUUCACCUCUCGCCGACCUUCCUCCAUGGAGGUCCUAUCUUCACCUCCUGCACCUAUCUCGCUUUCCCCAAGAGCGUCUGAGAGCCCGUUGCUUGCUCGACGCAGCUCGUGUCGAAGUGUUCCUGUCCUGGAUGAUACUCUCUCGUUGUCUUCAUCAUCGCCGACGCAUAUAUUCACUCCGGUACCCAUACCCCUUGCUUCUUCGUCCAACUUAAACUUCGUUCUCACGCCGACUUCGAGUGCGAGUUCUUCGAGUUCUAUGGCUCACGGACCGAUGCCGAUCACUCCCUCACUCUCACCGUCCACUUCAUUCUCGCCAACAACUGCGACAGCGACUCUACGUGUACCUCGCAGAGUAAAAUCUGGGAUCGUCCAGGGGUCGUCAUCAGCGAUGGGUUUCCUCCCAUUCGUUCCAUUGACACCGAUCAUGGCUUCACCUAGGUUGACACCAGACCCCGGUGCGAAUUCCGACGGUAUGAGUGCUGUUGUACAUGAGGAUCGUGAACGUCGAGGCGCACUCGCUUCGGUGAGAAUGGACACCGAGGCUUGUGCUGGUCAACAUUGUUUAGACUCCGAGCAAGAGUCUAACCUGCAGUCAGACACGAGGGGACAGCGCUCGUUGGACCGCUUGAUCACGCCAUCAUGGACGUCAACACCUCCGACACCUCCGCAGAAAAGCGCAUUUGUUUUCGACGCAGGCGGUCCAGGUGUACCUUACACGAGAGUGACCGUUGGUGACUGUCAGCGAAGACAUGGGUUUGAUCAACCUCGACCGGCAUCAAUCGGGGUAUUCCCAAAAGGAAUGUCCAACGGAGACCCAUUCUCCUCAUUGUCGACGACCGCUCAUUACAGAGCACACACUUCUCCCGGCGCGGACGCUGGUCAUCCCAUCGGCGCGCAGCAACAGCCAAAGAUAAUGAAACGAAGACAAUCCCUGCCACCAAACUUCGGAAAGCCUUUACCCCCAAUACCACAUGCAACUUCUCGUUCUCCAUCCUCUCCUUUACCUUCUCAAUUCCUGAAUUCUUACGACGCCACGAACUCCUCACCCACCUCUCCCCGCUCAGGCUCCAUUCCCCGACCUCCUAAUUCUCCAUCACACCAUCUUGUGUCUGGGGUGCAAACAGAUCCAGUGGAGAAUAUCCUCCUCCCUAGUCUGUCUCGAGUCCCUAAGAAGCUCGGAUUGAGGGGCACUAGUCCGCUACGUAUGGGCAUCAUGGCUGAGGAUGCAAAUGUUGUGGAGAAUCCAGAAAGAUUGAACGAUCGAGAGACACUUCCGCCCUUGCACACGUCCGAUUCUUUCGGAUCUUCCUAUAAGUCUGCCCUGUCUAGUCCAGCAUCAAGUCCUCGGCUGCUAGAGUUAAGUCCUCGUUGUUCCAGAGAUGGGGGAAGCGGAAGGAGGUUGUUUCAUCUGGAUGGGGAUGAUGAUGAUGGCGAGGAAGGCGAGGAAGCCAAACUAUCAAGGGAGAGUAGCAUUCAGAAGGAAAAUGAGCAGAUUCGCCAAAGUGUUGAGGUUCCCUUCCGGUCGAAACGGUAUCAUGCCAUUCUGGAGCUUCUGACUACAGAACUUGGAUACUUGACGGACCUGAAGGCUUUGGUUUCUAUUUAUUUGGCACAGUUGGAGGCCCUUAGCAUUCCUAUACCUUCGCCUUCACCUUCUCGUCCAUCACCUUCCUCGCUCUCUAUAUCUGGACUCGCCCGUUCAUUCCCUUCGUCUCGAUCGCAUAUCUCUGCCUAUUCCCAUCAACCUAACACGGCAUUUGUUCUUGGACCUCCCGACACCAGUGAACAUGGACAUAGCCGCCCAAACUCUCCCGAACUAGGAGCUAGGGAACGAGUUAUGAAAUCCGUCAGUCGCAAACCUAUCUUGUCGGAGUCAGAAUUCGCAUUAGUGAAAAGGAACAUUGAUGAUGUUGUGGCUUUCCAUGAGCGAUUCGUCAGUUUGCUGAAGAGUGCUGUCGACCCGUUCGGUUUUGGACAUGUGCUUGAGGGGAACAUGGCGUUCGAUGUGAAUAUGGAGGGUGUCGACGAGGCAGUGAAAGCAGUGGCGGAAGUUUUCGUGAACGAGACAUCCUCAUUUGAGAUGUACCAGGGCUUCUGCCCAGGACAUAAUGAAGCCGCCAAUCUGAUUCGCAACGUCCAAGAUCAGUACCCGGUGGAGUGGGAUGCUUUUGAGCAGCGCUGUUCUUUGUUAGUCGCCCAUGCCUUGGAGAGUCCUGAAUUGCCCUCCCAAUACUCCUCCGAAUCCCUGAGGAAGAAGAGGCGGCACUCCACGCCUUCACUCAGCACACCGCCGCCAUUGACCUACGUUAAUAAAUCGGAGCCCAUCCAUGAACGAACCCGUCAACGUACUGAUGGUUCUCACUCCCAACUCGGAAGGCUGAAGUUCCUCGACUACCUGAUUAAACCCGUUCAGCGGAUAUGCAAGUAUCCUUUACUUCUAGAUCUCCUCAAGACCAAAGGUCCAAGGACUAGCGUCGGAGGCAGUGACACCAUUGAGAGCGCAUGUGCAGCAAUGCGCAAUGUCUGUGGGUUAGUGGACGAUGCGAGCAUGAAGCAAGCGCAUAGUAUCAAGUCGGCUCUCAUCGUUUCGCGAAUCAUGUCCUCUCAGCAUGAGGGAAAGCCAUCAACUUUGAGCUCAGAGUUUUUGACUUCAUUGGGUGCUUGUCUUAUUGCUGGUGCGUUAGAUGUGGUGCAUCAUACCUCUUCGUCUCGCGCGAGGUACCUUGGCGGGUUCCUGUACGUUGGUGGCUACCUAGUUCUUGUCAAGAUCCCCAAGAGCGGGAAGGUGUAUGAGCCCAGGUACUGGUUCUCACUUGCAGGCUUCGACGUGAUUGACGUUGAAGAGGAUGAUGCUGCGUUUCCGUACUCGUUCCACCUUUGCGGCAACGGUCACCACCUACAGUUCGCCGCGGCGUGCCAUCAUGAAAAAGAGAUCUGGUUGGCAGGGAUCCAGGACGCAAUAUCUCAGCCGCCCAACUGGAAAAAUGAACCAGUCUCUAACCUACCUGUCGGGGAGAAGGAGAAAGCAUCUUCAGUACUCGUCGAAGAACCUCAGGAAUAUAACACUACGCCUCUUCCAACCAUCCAGUCUAUGGGUGAACUCGAAGACCAUGACGCCACAGCGCAGAUCCCUCGGACAUACUCCAGGCCUUUCAAGACCAUGUCGAGACUUGAUGGAUCUGCGCUACGAAACGAGCAAACGGGCUCAGGUUAUGUUCCUCUCAGUCGGAGAUCUUCAACCGCAUCGGUGAAGGCAUUCUUCGCACCCCUGACCUUUGAAACCUCGAGUCGUAUCUCUCGUCCUUCGUCGCAAGUUCGUCAACAAGUGGAUCAUGGAUUACACGAUGUGUUCUCUGAUAGCUGUAUCACUGUGCGAUCCCAGGCCCAGAUGCGUGACGGCGAGCUAUUCCAGGUCCGCAAGAAGCUUCAUGCGGGGAUGUCUCGGUCAAACUCCGGCCUGAGUAUCUCCACCGCUAUGAACUUUGCAACGAAGAGGAGGUACGACAGUGUACUCGUAUCGCACAAGCGCAAGAACUCUGCGGAGAACUGCGCAAUGGACGUCACCAGCGAUCCAGAGAAUUCCGCAAAAGGCACGUUGAAGAUUUCUAAGAGGCCACGGUCCUUCUCUGCCAGACGUCAGCCUCGACAGCAUAUUUCAAUAUUACCUCCGGACCCUCAGUCUCAUACCUGUGUCGAAGUUGCAAGUCCUGAUGGCUUGUCCGCUUCACCACCACCUUUCUCCCAACCAUCGUCUGCUUCAUCUUCGAACAUCAAUUCGGCUCUACCCAGCCCUAAUGAUGAACCUCUGCCCCUACCUACACCUCCUGGUGCGUAUCAAAUAAUGACGCGUGCAUCGGACGUCCUUCAGAUCCGAAGGGAGGACUACAAACCGAAGAGAGCACGAUCUAUGGUUGAUAAUGUGCGAUACUUCUUCCACUCCCGCUCGGUGUCUCCUACACCAUCACUUUCCGGUCAUGAAUCACCAACCAUCGUUGUCGCAUCUAUGGACACCGAGCUAGGCUCCCCUGGUGGUUUGGUUCAAUGGUGGAGGAGAGGUUCUCUCCGUCGUCGCGUUCAGAGUUCGCCUGAGAACCCAACUGAAGAAUCUUCCUCUACAACACCCGGUCAGUCUGAUGAUUCACAUAACACCGCUCCUCACGAUCCGCCGCCUCCACCGUUGAAGCCUGACAUGGAUCAAAGUCAAUCUUUACCCAUCUUCGCAGGCUCUCCCCGUCGAGUGGCAUUCACGGAGUCGAAACCUGCUAGGCGACGAUCUCUAUUUACCUCUUCAAUACGCCGAGAGCCAGCUUCUCCUCUGCAGUCUACAGGAUCUGGACCACUGAUACCUCGUAGGACACUCAAGAGCGUUCUAUUUCAACGAUCUCAUUCUUUUACACCAGUUGAUUCAGACAACCGGACUCCAUGACUCUCAUCUUCCAUCACCAUUUCUUAUCCUUUGUUUGUACCUCAAUCUUCUCCCAAGUCUUCCUUCACGUCCUCAUGCACGCAUUAUUUUGAAUUUUAUCACAUUUUUUUUAUUCAUGUUAGAUCAAUCACUUCCACCAAGCACUUCUGCACUUUCCUUGUAUUUUGAUUCAUACCCACUGUACCAUUAGAAAGUCUCCGCGAUUGCACUCCAUGAUUGAUUGCAUUUACCAGUCAGCAAGUCCUAUAUAAUUUCGAGAUCGUAAUGCGUGUAUCAUGUAGGAUAUCGGUACAGAUGGUAUAAUACAGAAACCACGACAUAGCAUGACAAAGAG